AUGAGUGAUCACGUCGAUGAAGGUAUUGGUCUGCGAAUGGGAGGUAAUGGCGCCGGCAAUGGUGCUAGUGGAGGAGGUGGCGGCACUAAUGUGGCAAUUAGGAAUGGCAGUCAUCCCGAGUAUGGUGCGGCUGUAGCUAUCAAAACUUCCAGCUCAGCGGUGACCACCAAACUACCCGGCCCGAGUAUAUUGAAAGGUUCAAAGAGUAACCAAGUGGCCAGCAAUGGUCGCAACAAAGGGCAAUCUCUGCCCGAGGCGAGCCCUAGCCGUCAACCGCUUAUAGAGGCCGAGUUGCGUGCCAACGACAGCGUCGGCUCGUUCCUGAAUGAAGCAUCUGCAUUGGGGCAGCGUAAAACUCAAGCUAACGGUUAUCCCGCUGAGGUAGGUGAUAAAAUUACGAAAGUAACUGCCAGCAUUAUAUUGCCCACGAAGCCGGCAAUAACAACAACCGCUGCCACUGCCGCCACAAGCACAGCAACAACAAAAGUGCUUGUCGCUGGAACAAUGAGCAGCGGUCGUGAACGUAUGCUCACCACGUUCGGGGAGCGUGGUGUUGUGCCGGGGGCUGAAACGGUAAGCGCAGCAAUAACGACAACAACAACAACAACAUUUGGCGCUGUAAAAACAACCGUUGCGGCAGGCCUGGGUUCAAAACCGCUAACUGGCAGCAUUAAGCCGGACACUGUUACUAGUCUGUCACAGUUGACAACAACAACUACAUUGGCAAAAAAUGAGAAGCCCGCAAGCAUUGUAGCAACAAAGCCAGCAGCAUUAGAAUUAAAGCAUACGACGAUGAUUACAAAACCUGCGACAAUUGCAACAACAACAACAGCCAAAUCGACGUUAGCUGGCAAGUCGACAACAACCACCACCAGCACAGCGGCAACAGCAACAAUUGCUAAGCCCAAAUUGACUGCUACACAAACGUCAGCAGCCACAACUGUUGCGGUAUCCGUUACGACACCGAUUGUUGCAGCAACAACUACAACAACAGCAGAAAUGGCUGGAAAAGCGACUACAGUAGUCACUGCAACGACAACUGUUGUUAAACCUACCGCCACUACGGCACAAAAAACAAUAACAACAACAAAAACAACACCUACAAUUACAACUACAAAAGCAAUUACUACGGAAACAGCACAAAUGCCUGCAGUUAAGAGCGGCGGUGCCGUGUCAGCAACAGCAACGGUUCCAAAAACCUCAACAACAACAAGCAUAAGCAUAGGCGCUAAAGCGCUCACAGACAGUAAGCCUACAGCUACGACAACUACCGCUGCCGCUAAACCGCCAACAAUAGUUGCAGCUACAACAACAACAAAACCAUUAGCAACUUCUGCUGCUGUUAUAACGCAAACGAAUAAACCACCAAUCACAACAACAACUUCAACUGCCACAGUGUCAGCCAUCGCUGUCGCCCCAAACAGGACAACAAUAAUUAACAGCACAAAUUUAGUUACAACAACAGCAAAUGUUAUGCCCAAACAAUCGACUGCAGCGUCCACAACAACAACAACUAAGGCAACAACUACGAAGUCGAAUGUUGUUAGCCAGCCGUCGGCGAAUACGAAUGUCAUUAUUGCACCGAUGCCUGCUGCACAGCCAACAAAAAUUGCUAACACAAAAGUGAUCAAUGCAACAACAAGUCCGAUCACCGCAUCUAUACAAAAGCCUACGGUGUUGUCAACAACGCUAACAGCAGAUGCCAAGUUGCCAGCAAUGACGGCAGUUGCCACCACCACCACAACAACAACAACAUUAGCUAGCGGUACAAAAGCGUCUAUAACUAAAACGCCGGCGGCAAUAAGCAAAACAACAACACCAAUGUCAUCAACAGCAGCACCAACAAGAAGUGUGGGCGCCAACACCGCAACAACAACACAGUCUGUAAGUAAACCAACAAUAACAACUGCUGUAGCUACGGUUCCAAAAGUCACAGCAAUAGCAACAACAACUACAGCCAAAUCAGCAAUUGCUUCAACGGUUGGCAGCACCACCACUACAGCAACAACAAAAGCUACCACCACCACCACAAGUAAUGUCAGCCAAAAAUAA